AUGGGAACUCUGAUGACUGCUUGUAGAAACACAAAGAGCAAAACGAUCGGAAUCACCAAGAUCAGUGGAGGAGAUGGUGGAAACACUGGUCCCAUCAUCAACGGAACGAACAGUAGCAUCAUCGCAACGCUCACAAUCGCCAAGAUCGAACCCGAUCCGAAUCCAUAUUCAUUCGCCAUUUUCUUCGUCUACUUCUCUUUCGAUGUCGGUUUGUUCUUCAUCGAAUCGCCGCCGGCUGAAAGAUAUAAACUCCGGCGCCGGAGAGAAUCCAUCCACUGGGAAGAAACCCUCGAGGAUAAGAAAUCUGGGUUUAAGGCCACCGGUGAAAAUAAGAUCGGCGAUACAUCUGGGCAGUCAAUUAAGGUUUGUGAGGAAGCAGAUGAAGAAAUCAAAACAGUGAAAUCAAGCAAUUUUGAGGGUUCUAUCACGGCGAGAAACUCCAUUUCCGAUCCAAAUGCACCUGCUUUGCUUGUUUCUGGAGAAAAAUCUGCUCUUGCUUCGAAAUCCGAUGCUAAAAUUGAAAAGAUAGGAGUAGGAAAAGGGACUAGUGUAGCUUUAAGAAGAAAGUCUUUGGAUAAUGCUGGCAAGGCAAUGGAGAUGUUAAAGGAGAUAAAAGGGAACGAAGGAGUAGGAAAAGGGACUAGUGUAGCUUUAAGAAGAAAGUCUUUGGAUAAUGCUGGCAAGGCAAUGGAGAUGUUAAAGGAGAUAAAAGGGAACGAAGGUAGCAGCAAUAUCGCUGCCAAGUACCCAAGCAAGCUGCACGAGAAGCUUGCUUUUCUUGAAGGAAAGGUUAAGAAAAUUGCAUCGGAUAUCAAGAAGACAAAGGACAUGCUGGAUUUGAAUAAUCAGGACUCGUCAAAGGUUAUAAUCUCUCAUAUACAUCAGAAGAUCACAGGGAUUGAAACUUGUAUGAGUCGUGUUGUUGAUGGUUCUGAGAAAAACAAGACCACUCAAGUGACAAAGGCAAAAGCUUCGGUGAAAGGAUUGAAUAAAGAAGAGCUGGAAGACAGACUCUUUCCUCACCAGAGGUUGCUAAGGAGCAGAACUCAAUCCAAAACGUCUUCACAAGUCUCAAAAGGCCAUGAUUCUGUUGAGUCUAACAAGGCAGUAAAAGCUGAAGAGAAGCCCUCAGGUCCCUGUGAGGAGAAUCCAAUAGCACUAGAGUUCUUGGCCUCACUUGACAAGGAAAAAGUGACCUUCACGAGUGACCAGUAUGCGCUGGAAAAUGUGGAAGUGCAGGAGAUGGAUACGGAGGAACCGUCAAAGGAAAAUGAUGCUUCAAAAGAUGUCAAACUGACUUCCAACUUAGCUGAAAUUCUCAGAGCGGAUGAAGACCUUGAGGAAAUCGAAGAAGAAGAGAAUAGAGAGGACAUGGAGCUGGAAGAGAUAGAGAAUGAGUGCAUGUAUCAACUCAAUGACAUUGGAUCCAAAACUUCUACCGGAGGAUGGUUUGUAUCAGAGGGCGAGGGAGUUAUACUUGCUCAUGAUGAUGGCUCAUGUUCGUAUCACGACGUUGCUAACUGUGAGGUAAAAGCUGUGUACAAUCCUCCAGAUGGUAUCUCACCAAACACAUGGAGAGAUUGCUGGGUGGUUCGAGCACCUGGUGCAGAUGGCUGCUCAGGGAGAUAUGUUGUAGCUGCUUCUGCUGGGAACACACUAGAGUCUGGAUUUUGUUCAUGGGAUUUCUACACCAAAGACAUAAAGGCAGUCCACAUCGAGGAUGGAUCUUCAAGAGUUUCAAGGACUGCUCUUGCUCCUUUACCCAACAACACAUCUCACGCUAGGAACACCUUGGCUUGUUCACUGAUACCAGAAACUCAACAGUGGUGGUACAGACCAUGCGGUCCUCUCAUAGCUUCAACCGCUAGUUUCCAGAGAGUAGUCAAGGUUUUCGACAUACGAGAUGGGGAACAAAUCAUGAGAUGGGAGUUGCAGAAUCCUGUGUCAGCUUUAGAUUAUUCGAGCCCUUUACAAUGGAGAAACCGAGGGAAACUUGUCGUAGCUGAAGCUGAAGCAAUCUCUGUUUGGGAUGUCAAUUCCCUUCACCCUGAGGCUCAGCUCACUAUUUCCUCUUCAGGGAGAAAAAUCUCAGCUUUUCAUAUCAAUAACACAGAUGCUGAAGUUGGUGGAGGUGUUCGUCAAAGAGUAAGCUCUAUGGACGCUGAAGGCAACGAUGGAGUUUUCUGCACUAGUGAUUCAAUCAACAUUUUGGAUUUCCGUAAUCCAUCUGGCAUUGGUGCUAAAAUUCCUAAGCUUGGCGUUAAUGCUCAGUGUGUAUCAUCUCGAGGAGAUUCAGUGUUUCUCGGAUGCACCAACCUGAAAUCAUCAUCUGUUAAGAAACCAUCAUCUUCUUCUUCUCAAGUGCAGCAAUUCUCAUUGAGGAAACAGCGCCUCGUGAGCACUUACAGUCUACCUGACUCCAACACUCACUCUCACCACUCUGCGAUAACACAAGUCUGGGGGAAUUCGAACUUUGUCAUGGCUACUUCUGGUAUGGGACUGUUUGUGUUUGAUACUGCAAAAGAAGAGACUUUGCAACAACAGCCAUUGACAGGCGACUAUGGAAGCUUACAAACUAGAUCGUCCGGCUUUGUGGAGGCACCUCUUAUAGAUGAGUAA